AUGGCAGCUGAUGAUCCUAGCACGCUGACCGAAGCCGACAACACAAGUCCAACAUCAGGGUUUCCGAGCAAGUCCUCGUCAACAAUUCCCGAGACAUCACAGCAGGAGAAAGUAAAUACUGAUAUUGAAGGUAGCGCCAAUGUUGACAUCGACACCCAAGUUGCUACCCCAGAACAUGACUAUCUGACCGGAAUCAAGCUUUAUGGAGUGGCUGCUGCAUUGUUCACGGGGUCUUUUCUGUCAAUACUUGAAAUUUCAAUCGUCAGCACUGCCUUAAUAAACAUUACGGACGAUUUGAAGAGCUUCGACGAAAGCAGCUGGAUCAUUACGGCGUAUCUUCUUACAUACACAUUCAGCGAUACCCUUGGACGAAGAACAUGUCUAGGUACAGCUCUGCUUAUCUUCAUCAUAGGCUCUGGAGCUUGCGGGGCAGCGCAAACUAUUGAUCAGUUGCAAAAGGGCAACAGGAUUAUCUUCCGUGCCUUGCAAGGCAUAGGCGCUUCUGGCAUAGUCGCUUUGACUUUCGUGAUCAUUGCUGAGCUAGUUCCUGUCGACAAAUACGCCUUGUACUCUGGAAUUACGGCUAUCAUCUAUGGGGUAGCAUACUUGAUGGGGCCGUUGAGAUGGUUAUUCAUCAUCAAUGUGCCGAUUGGGAUAAUGCCUCUUGCCCUCCUAUACAUCUUCAUGCCCGCGAAUUUCCCUAACUGGCGCUCGACAAACACGAAGACUUCUCCAACAAUACAAACAAUUUUAAACAUCGACUAUGUGGGAGCUACAUCCCUCUUUGGUUUUUGCGUGCUUUUGGUGGCUGCUUUCCAGGAAGCCAAUACGCGAUAUCCAUGGGACUCUGCUGUUGUCAUUGUCUUAUUCAUAUUCUCUGGGAUCUUCCUUAUAAGCUUUAUUGGCUGGCAAAAAUAUCUGAGCAUCAUCACGACCUCGAUCAAAGCCAUAUUCCCCUGGAGAAUCAUGGAACAUCGUUUGUUCAUGUGUGCUCCGUUCACAGUCGCCGUGAUUCAGAUCCCACAGAGGGAUCAAGCAGUUGGAGCUACUUCUCCAAUCCGUGCCGGAGUUAACCUCUUGCCCUUCACCCUGAUGUUGUCAGUUGGAUCCAUAUUCGCAAGCAUAUCAACAUCACGAUCUCGUGCUCCGCCCAUGUUCGUUUUCCUCGUGGGAGCUAUCCUUCAGACCGUCGGUUGUGCUUUGAUGUCGACUUUAGGGGUUCACGUAGGCUCUAAAGCCUAUGGUUAUGAAGUCAUUCUUGCCCUCGGCCUAGAGGCGAAGAUCAAUGUAGGAUCAAUCUAUCUCUUUCGUAGUCCUGUAACUCACUUCAACUUCCAAGCUGUUGGCAUGGGAGCAGUAAUACAAGCUCGUCCGUUAGGAGGAGCCAUAGGCUUAGCAGUCACAACUACUGCUCUGAACUCAUACGUGAAAUCCAAACUGUCGAGUAUCCUCAACCCAGACGAUCUGUCAGCUUUACUGCAAUCAGUACAGGUCAUUGAGGUACUACCAGCUGAGCUGCAGGCCAUGACAAGGCCAAUAUUUUCCGAGGCGUAUGAUUUGCAGAUGCAUAUCAUGAUUGGAUUCAGUGCGGCUCAGGUAUUGGUAGCUGCAGCUAUGUGGGAAAGAAAGCUGACACGAGUGGCAUAA